UAAAAAUUACAAAAUUGCUUUCCUGUUUUUUGUCGUCAGCAACUCUAAAUAAACUAAUAUUAUUGCACACUUUGCAAUGUUUAACAAUAUUAAGGCAAAUUAAUAAUGUUUGUCCUUUUAGUUUAAAACAUGACGGUGGCCACAUCUUACGGAAAUGCUGUUAUUUGACCUGUGAUAUUUUCAAUAUAAACAAGCAUGGAAACCUUGAAAGAGUUGGAUACACAAAACAUUUUUGUAAAAAAUGAAAUAGUAGAUUCUAAGGAAACAUCUUUGAUAUCAAAAAGUAACUGUCCCAUUAAAACAGAAGUCAGUGAAACCCAAGAAAAUGAUGAGCUUAAUAAUAUUCUCUAUAUCGAUAAAUCUAUAUUAAUUAAAGAAGAAAUUGAUAUAGACGAACAAGUAUUAAAUAUUAAUGAAGAGUGGGAAGAAAAGGAGAUAUGGUGUGAUGUGUGUGAGACAUUCAGUGAAGGCUAUUGCACUGGAUGUGGAAUAUCAAAAGUCCUAAUUGACACAUUUGUUGAGAUUGGCACAAAAGACAGAGCAAGAAAAACACUUCCCAAAAGAGUCUUAUCCAUAGCUUCCAAUCAAAAUGGCAAUAUGGGAGUGUUUGCACUUGAAAAUAUCCAAAGUGGUGUACAAAUGGGUCCAUUUGAAGGACUUAAGAAUGAAAAUUUGUUAGAUAUAAACGACGAAUCCCAGUCAAAUUGGAUGAGAUAUGUGAAUCAUGCUACUAGUUUUGAAGAAAGCAAUGUUACAGCCUUUCAAUAUGAAGGUGACAUAUUUUAUAGAACUUCCAAGGAAAUUUGCAAAGGUGAUGAAAUAUUAGUAUCUUUUAAUGAUAUUGCUGAUCAAGUUAGCGUUGAAGAGGAGCCAAUUAAAGAGUAUUUUCGAUGUGAUUAUUGUGAUUUGUGCCUUACAACAGAUAAUUUCAAAAAGUUCCACAUGAGAAGAUGCAAGUGGAAGUUUGCAGAUGAAGUACCACAAAGUUUUUUCCAAUGUGAACACUGCCAAACUUACAUUGCUGACGAAAAUUAUUUUAAGAAACACGUUACAAGAUGCAGUCAUCGAGAAAUUGCGAAUUAAAUAUUUCAGAAAGAAGCCAAUAAAGAAACCAGAAGGGAAAACGUGCUAUGAUUGUGGCUACACAACAAUCAGUAAAACUGAUCUUAGAAGGCACAUUUUUACCAAACACAGAAAAGGGGAUUUCGUAAAAUUUUGCUGUCCGCAUUGUGAUUACACAACCGUCCGCAAAAACACAUUAACUCGCCACCUGAAAACACAUUCAGACUCGCGCAUAUUCAAAUGUUCCUACUGCGACAAAAGAGUAUCGACCAAAAACAACUUGUAUAAUCAUGUAUUGAAGGAACAUAAAAAGGAAAACGAGGAAAAGAAUUUGGUACCACUUAAAUGUAAAAUUCACCAGUGUCCCACCUGUCCCUAUAUCACGGUAGCUAAAGGCCAUUUAGUUGAUCACAUGCGGACGUGUGGAAAUAAGACUCCUUUGGAAAUGGACAGGAAAAAUGAUAGGAGGAAAAUUAAGCGUUUGCGCUGUGAACAUUGUCAUCAAGAAUUCCAUACCAAGAAAUAUUUUGAUAAUCAUGUGUUAACAAAACAUCCACACACAGAUUCAUUGCAGCUGAUUACGAGUAAAAUUUUUAAUUGUGAGCGGUGCCAUUAUAAAACUACUAUUUCAAGUAAUUUUAAAGCACAUGUUAAAACUCAUGAAUGAGUUGGUGGUACUUUUCUAUUUUAUUACCAGUACCUGUGUUUUUAUUAUAUUACUUUAUUUUAUGUAAUUUAUAUUGGGGACGUUAUUGUAUCUUUUUAUAAAUUUUAUUAAAUAUUAAAAAUA